GCAGGUGGCGCUGUGAUGGUCUCCACCACCUGCUGUUGACCCGGUGUGUAAACAGUCAGUUGAGAAAUAGAUGAAAACAUAGAUGGAAAUUGUUUUUAAUGGAGCUUUUAAUGUUUCACUUCACAUUUUUAACAUUUUAACUCCAGAAACGGGUCGGAGAUGAACACUCUGUCAUGGACUGCUCUCAUGUCAACUAGGAGAAGGUUAAACUUGGUGCGAUAGUUAAAUUUAACGCCCGGUGAGUCAGGUUACCGUUAGCAAAACUGCUUUCAGGAAACAAAUAGUUAAAGUAAUCUAUUAUUUUCACUGCUGGAGUCAACCCUGAUCUGCCACAAACCUACUGCGGCAGGAUGAUCUCUCAGGUCUUCAUCUUGUCCUCAAAGGGCGACCACCUCAUCUAUAAAGACUACCGUGGAGAGGCUGGAAGUGACGUCAUCAACAUUUUCUACGAGAAGGUCACGGCGUUGACAGGAGAUCAGCCACCGGUCGUCAUGAGUCACAAAGAUCUUCACUUCGUCCACGUCAGGCAGGGAGGACUGUACUGGGUCGCCACGACUACAGCAGCUGACUCCUCCCCCUUCACCAUCAUCGAGUUCCUCAACAGGUUAACAGCUCUGGUUAAAGAUUACUGUGGCAGCCUGUCAGAGAAGUCGGUGCAGAUGAAUUUUGCCCUCAUCUACGAGCUGCUGGAUGAGAUCGUGGACUACGGUUACAUCCAGACGACGUCCUCUGACGUCCUGAAGAACUUCAUCCAGACCGAAGCCGUCUCCUCUCGACCGUUCAGCCUGUUCGACCUCAGCAAUGUCGGCCUGUUCGGAGCGGAGACACAACAGAGUAAAGUUGCUCCGAGUUCUGCAGCCACCCGACCGAUUCAGUCCAGCAGAGAGGGAGGGAAGAGCGAGAUAUUUGUGGACGUGAUCGAGAGGAUGUCAGUCGUCAUCGGCUCCAACGGAGUUCUGAUGAAGGCCGACGUGGAGGGAGAGAUCAGAGUCAAGUGCUACAUGCCGAGCUGCUCAGAAAUGAGAAUAGGUCUGAAUGAAGAAUUCAGCAUCGGCAAGUCCCAGCUGAGAGGUUACGGCGCUGCUGUUCGGGUCGACGAGUGCAGCUUCCACCAGGCUGUCCGACUGGACGAGUUCGACAGCCAUCGGAUCCUCCGACUGUGUCCCAGCCAGGGAGAGCAAACAGUGAUGCAGUACCAGCUGAGUGAUGACCUGCCGUCAGCUCCUCCCUUCCGUCUCUUUCCAACCAUCGAGCGAGACACCGGAGGAAGGCUGCUGAUGUACCUGAAGCUUCGCUGUGACCUGCCACCAAAGAGCGCUGCCAUCAACGUCUGUGCCACCAUCCCUGUUCCUAAAGGCUCCGUCAGUUUGUCGCAGGAGCUCAGCAGUCCGGAUCAGAGCGCCGAGCUGAAGCUACAGAGCCGAGCCGUCCACUGGAUGAUCCCUCGCUUCCCCGGAGGAACACAACUGUCUGCUCUGUUCAAGCUGGAGGUCCCCGGCCUCAGCUCGGCCUCCAUGUUGGAGGUCGGUCCGGUCGGUCUGAGCUUCGAGCUGCCGAAGCUCACCGUCACCGGGCUGCAGAUCCGCUUCCUCCGCCUGUCGCCCAUCCAGCCCGGCCCGUCGCAGCGCUGGGUCCGAUACGUCACCCACUCCGACUCCUACACCAUCCGGAUUUAACUCCACUCAACUCUGCUCACAGACUGAUUGAUCCACAAUGAUUGUUAUUGAUACAUCCAGGACAAAUGAAACAGAUUAUGUAAAUGUUCUUUCAAAAUAAGAUGUACAGAUGUGGGUCAGGUUUAAUCUGCAGCUUUUUGUUUGUUCUUUUCUCUACAUAUUUAUUUCUGUUUUAAAAACUGGACUUGAAUUCAAAUCCAAAUAACUUUUAAAAAGUUUUGUCUCUCGUGAAGUUUAAACCAAAACUUUUUCCCAUGAAGAGGCUGAAACAGAAACUUCAUGUUGGUCCAGGUGACUAAAGGAAAACGCUUAUUGUGUCAUAUUGUUGCGAUAAAAAUGCCUCUAUACAGAAGUCCAGAGAGGAAACAACAAGUUAUAGUGAUUCUUCUAAAUCUGAUUCAUCUUGGUUUGGUCUAAAAUGUUUUGCCAGAAUAAUCUUUCUAACGUCGUCCUGUACAAAGUGUCGCUCUGCCUGCUGGGCUCAGAUUAUUAAGAGUGUUUAAUAAUCUGACUUAUUCAAAAGAGCAUUUUUACCUCAUAAAACAUCUGCUGGACCAAAUGAUCUCUCCUGAUGGUCCAGAUGUAACCUCACAGAUGAAACUCUGCUGUUCUGCUGCCGUUCAACUUUCUUUUUCCUCAUCAGCUGCGAUGAUGAAAGUCUCACGCGCAGCUCAAAACCGAAUUGUCAUAAUAAAUUCAUCUCUCAGUACUUUGACUUCCUGUCUGUGGCUCUCAGCUGGAAGCUCAUUGGCUCCGUCUGAACACGCAAAUCUUUAAAAAUUCAUCACAAAUGUUCCAUGUUCAGUCGUUUGACCAAACAGCUGCUCACUUUACGUGGAGCAUUUGUUGGGACUGUUUUCAGCGGCGGAUUAAUCCACAUUUGGAGCUCUAGUGAGAAUUUGACGUUCACACUGUAAAUAAACACGACUUGUACAUGA